AUGGAUCCGCCAGAGGGUAGCGCAAACGACGUAAUGAACGCUGAGAUUGAUCGCUGGAUCAACGAAGCGGUUAACGCUGCGCCAAAGACGGUUAAGGGAGUUAGAAGCUUCCUAGGGUUUGCAAACUACUAUUGGAUCUUCAUCCCAGCAUACUUAGAGAUUACUGGACCCCUUAUAUCUCUUAUAAAGAAGGGCGUCCUAUUCCACUGGGGUAAAGAGCAGGAAGUAGCAUUCCAGGAGCUUAAGAGGAUCUUUGCAGCUAAGCCUAUCCUAUAUCAAUUAGACCCUGAGCGUAUAACCUAUGUUGAGGCUGACUGCUUAGGCUUCGCCCUUAGAGGAGUACUGUCAUAA